CGUAGAGGAGGCCCUAUUAGAGCCUGGGCCCCGACCGGUGACUCAGAGUGUCCGCGGGAGCGCCGCAGCCACGCCAGCCAACCCCGCUGCCGCCGCGCCGAGCUCUGACAGCGCCUGCCAGGAGCAAGCCGCGACUCAGCCGGCCGGCCUGCUCCGCCCCUGAGCCCGCUCCGGCCGUCCUCCGCUCCGAAGCCCCCCGCGCCCUUCCCGGGAGCCUCCUGCCCUGCGGGCAGCCUUGCCACCCUGCCGGCCAUGGAGACCCCGUCCCAGCGGCGCGCCACCCGUAGCGGGGCGCAGGCCAGCUCCACCCCGCUGUCACCCACCCGCAUUACCAGGUUGCAGGAGAAGGAAGACCUGCAGGAGCUCAAUGACCGCUUGGCCGUCUACAUCGACCGGGUGCGCUCGCUGGAAACCGAGAAUGCGGGGCUGCGCCUUCGCAUCACUGAAUCCGAAGAGGUGGUCAGCCGCGAGGUGUCCGGCAUCAAGGCCGCCUACGAGGCAGAGCUCGGGGAUGCUCGCAAGACCCUCGACUCAGUGGCCAAAGAGCGUGCCCGACUGCAGCUGGAGCUGAGCAAAGUGCGCGAGGAGUUUAAGGAGCUCAAGGCUCGCAAUACCAAGAAGGAGGGUGACCUGAUGGCCGCCCAAGCCCGGCUCAAGGACCUGGAGGCGCUGCUCAACUCCAAGGAGGCGGCGCUGAGCACUGCUCUCAGUGAGAAGCGCACACUGGAGGGCGAGCUGCAUGACCUGCGGGGGCAGGUGGCCAAGCUCGAGGCGGCCCUUGGCGAGGCCAAGAAGCAGCUGCAGGAUGAGAUGCUGCGGCGGGUGGACGCUGAGAACAGACUGCAGACCUUGAAGGAGGAGCUGGACUUCCAGAAAAACAUUUACAGCGAGGAGCUGCGUGAGACCAAGCGGCGCCACGAGACCCGGCUGGUGGAGAUUGACAAUGGCAAGCAGCGUGAGUUUGAGAGCCGGCUGGCCGAUGCCCUGCAGGAACUGCGGGCCCAGCAUGAGGACCAGGUGGAGCAGUACAAGAAGGAGCUGGAGAAGACCUAUUCGGCUAAGCUGGACAAUGCCAGGCAGUCUGCUGAGCGCAACAGUAACCUGGUGGGGGCCGCCCAUGAGGAGCUACAGCAGUCUCGCAUCCGCAUCGACAGCCUCUCGGCCCAGCUCAGCCAGCUGCAGAAGCAGCUGGCAGCCAAGGAAGCCAAACUGCGGGACCUGGAGGACUCCCUGGCCCGCGAGCGGGACACCAGCCGGCGGCUGCUGGCCGAGAAGGAGCGGGAGAUGGCUGAGAUGCGGGCGCGGAUGCAGCAGCAGCUGGAUGAAUACCAGGAGCUUCUGGACAUCAAGUUGGCCCUGGACAUGGAGAUCCACGCCUACCGCAAGCUCCUGGAGGGCGAGGAGGAGAGGCUCCGCCUGUCCCCCAGCCCCACCUCGCAGCGCCGCGGCCGCGCCUCCUCCCACUCAUCCCAGACUCAGAGCGGGGGUAGCAUCACCAAGAAACGCAAGCUGGAGGCCACCGAGAGCCGUAGCAGCUUCUCGCAGCAUGCUCGCACCAGUGGCCGCGUGGCCGUGGAGGAGGUGGACGAGGAGGGCAAGUUUGUGCGGCUUCGCAACAAGUCCAACGAGGACCAGUCUAUGGGCAACUGGCAGAUCAAGCGGCAGAACGGAGAUGAUCCCUUGCUGACUUACCGCUUCCCACCCAAGUUCAUCCUGAAGGCUGGGCAGGUGGUGACGAUCUGGGCUGCUGGAGCUGGGGCCACCCACAGCCCCCCGACCGACCUGGUGUGGAAGGCGCAGAACACCUGGGGCUGCGGGAACAGCCUGCGCACGGCGCUCAUCAACUCCACAGGGGAAGAGGUGGCCAUGCGCAAGCUGGUGCGCUCGGUGACCGUGGUGGAGGACGACGACGACGAGGAUGGAGACGACCUGCUGCAGCACCACCAUGGCUCCCACUGCAGCGGCUCGGGGGACCCCGCUGAGUACAACCUGCGCUCGCGCACCGUGCUGUGCGGGACAUGCGGGCAGCCGGCCGACAAGGCCUCCGCCAGCGGCUCGGGAGCCCAGGCGGCCGGAUCCAUCUCCUCGGGCUCUUCCGCCUCCAGUGUCACGGUCACGCGCAGCUACCGCAGUGUGGGGGGCAGUGGGGGUGGCAGCUUCGGGGACAACCUGGUCACCCGCUCCUACCUCCUGGGCAACUCCCGUCCCCGGACCCAGGGCCCCCAGAACUGCAGCAUCAUGUAACCCAUUAAGGCACCUGCCGGCGAGGGUGGGUCCAAGCCCACCUCGCCCCCCUUAUCCCUCCCCGCGCAUCCUGCACUUAGGGGAGGGGCUUGAAGCCAAAGAAAGCUGCCCCCCUUUUUUCUUCUGUAUUUUUUUUCUAAGAAAAGUUAUUUUCUACAGUGGUUUUAUACUGAAGGAAAAAACACAAGC